CGGCAGCGGAAGCGGAAGCGGCAGGGCCAUGGCGGCGGCGGCCAGAGGCGGCCCCGGGCGGGAGGCUGCGGGGGGAAGCUGCCGGCCCCGGCCCCGGCGCCGCUGGGGGCUGCUCCCGGAGCUGCUGCUCGCUCUGCUGGCGGCAGGCUGCUCCCAGGCCGACUCCGUGCAGAGGAAGAUUUACAUCCCCCUGAACAGGACUGCGCCCUGCGUGCGGCUGCUCAACGCCACGCACCAGAUCGGCUGCCAGUCCUCCCUGCGGGGGGACACAGGAGUGAUCCACGUGGUGGAGCAGGAGCAGGACCUGGGCUGGGUGCUGGCAGAGGGCCCAGACCCCCCCUACAUGGUGCUGCUGGAUGGGAGCCUCUUCACCAGGAGGGUGCUGCAGCAGCUGAAGGGCACCUCCCGAGUCUCAGGCCUGGCUGUGACUGCUGCCAGGCCCAGCCCUGCCCAGGGCUUCUCUCCUGGGCUGCAGUGCCCCAACGAUGGCUUCGGAGUCUACUCCCAGGACUAUGGCCCUGAGUUUGCUCACUGCAACAGGACCCUCUGGAACCCCCUGGGCUCGGGGCUGUCCUAUGAGGACUUUGACUUCCCAAUCUUCCUGCUGGAGGAUGCCAACGAGACCAAAGUCAUCAAGCAGUGCUACCAGGAGCACAACGUGCCCCGGGGGGGCAGUGCCCCCCAGUACCCCCUGUGUGCCAUGCAGCUCUCCUCCCACAUGCACGCAGUCAGCAGCACUGUCACCUGCAUGCGCCGCAGCUCCCUGCAGAGCUCCUUCAGCAUCAACCCAGAGGUCGUCUGUGACCCCCUGCUGGACUACAACGUCUGGAGCACUCUGCAGCCCAUCAACGCCUCGGGCAGAGUGCAGCCUGCCCACGAGGUCGUCCUGGUGGCCACUCGACUCGACAGCCACUCCUUCUUCUGGAGCGUGGCCCCCGGCGCCGAGGCUGCAGUCUGCUCCUUCGCCACCCUCCUGGCUGCUGCCCAGGCCCUGCACAGGGCCCCUGACGCUCAGCUGCUGCCCAGGAAUGUGAUGUUCACCUUCUUCCAAGGGGAGACCUUUGACUACAUUGGCAGCUCCAGGAUGGUUUAUGACAUGCAGCAGGAGAAGUUUCCCCUGGGCCUGGACAACAUCCACAGCUUCCUGGAGCUGAGUCAGGUGGCUCUGAGCACUGGCUCCAGGCUCUGGCUGCACACAGAUCCCAUCUCCAGGCUGAACCUCUCCGUGGAGGCCCAGGUCAGGCACAUGCUGGAGGUGCUCAGCAGCAGCAGCCAAGGCCUCAACGUCAGCCUGGAGGAGGUUGGACCCUCCCAGCCCCUCCCCCCCUCCUCCUUCCAGCGCUUCCUGCGCGCUCGGCACAUCCCCGGCGUGGUCCUGGCCGACCACAGGAGCUCCUUCCACAACAGGUACUACCAGAGCAGGUUUGACACCCCAGAGAACAUCCAACUGCAGUACCCUGAGGGGCUGAGCCCCGAGCAGGCCUUGGAGUACAUCACAGACACGGCCAAGGCCCUGGCAGAUGUUGCCACGGUGGUGGCCAGAGCCCUGUACCAGCUGGCAGGGGGAGCCAACAGCAGCUCUGCCAUCCAGGCAGACCCCAGGACGGUCUCUCGGCUGCUCUAUGGCUUCCUGCUCAGGAUGAACAAUUCCUGGUUCCAGUCCAUCAUCAGAGCUGACCUGCAGGGGAUCCUGGGGGGUGUCCCCCAGCACUAUGUGGCUGUCUCCAGCCCUGUCAACACAACCUACCUGGUGCAGUAUGUCCUGGCCAACCUCACAGGCACUGUGGUCAACCUCACCAAGGAGGAGUGCCUGAGCCCUGAGAAGGGUCCCAGCACGGACAGAGAGCUCUUUGACUACAGCUGGGUCCAAGGCUCCCUGGAGCCCAACUCCAGCUCCAGGCUCCCGUUCUGUGUCCGCUCCACCGUGCGCCUGAGCAAGGCUCUGUCCCCUGCCUUCGAGCUCAGGCAGUGGGGGUCCACUGAGUACUCCACCUGGACAGAGAGCAGGUGGAAGGACAUCAGGGCCAGGAUCUUCCUGGUGGCCAGCAGAGAGCUGGAGAUCCUCACCUUGGUCGUGGGUGUUGCCAUCCUGCUCCUCUCCCUCCUGGCCACCUACUUCAUCAACGCCAAAGCUGAGAUCCUCUUCAGCAUCCCACGGGACCCUGGGGCUGUGGCCUACUGAGGAGCCUCCUGGGGGGCUCUGGGGAGGCCUGUUGGAGACCUGGAGUGGCCUCUUGGAGCUUUGGAGGUCUCUUGAGGACUCUGGAGAGGCCUUGGGGAGGCCUCUUGGGCUUUGGGAGCCCUUUUGGGG